AUGAGAUCUAAUGGGCUACACAUAAAUUUUGGUAAAUGGAUGCAACAAUGUGCUUAUAAUCCGUUACUGCAACAGGGUCACGCACAUAUUAACAUACAUUUAAAUCGAGAAACAAUCAGACAAUGUGAUAAAGAUCAUUUUCCAUCAUUAGUAAAUUGUUAUGAAGCUUUGGAAGAUCAUCUUUUCGAUGAUAUCUCAAAAUUAAAAAAAUUAAUUGAACCUAUGGAACCUAUAGGCUAUCUAUUUGAGAUCAAAGAAAGUAUUGCGGAGGAAGAAGUGGGAGAAUCAGAUAUGGGCGCAAUACGAAGUUAUACUUAA